AUGGCACAAUCUCAAGGUUACAAACGUUUUCGUUCAUCGAUUAAUACUGUUUAUUAUGGUACGAGUACUCCACAAACAUCAAACAAUAAAAUAUUUCCUCGUGCUUCAACUCCAAAUCCUCGUUCAAUAGAUCCAAUUGAACAACAAACAAUUCCUGUUGUAUCUUCUCCACGUUCAAAAAUGACUGUUCAUCAUAAAAUUCAUAAAAAACGCCGACAACAUCGUCCAAAUAAUCAACAAUAUCAAAUUCAUAUUGAUCAUAUUGUUUUAAUUCAGCAACAAAAAAAACCUUGUUCACAUUGUCAUUGUAAAAAAACAAAAGCUCAACGAAUCAUUGGCAUUCUUUAG